AUACUUUGCGUCUGGCUCGGCGCCUGGUGGUGGGGAGAAGCGAGCGAGCUAGCUAGCCAUGAAGAGCUGACCGCUUUCGUCUCCAAAUCCUUCGAACAGAAAAACAAAGAUAAGAAAGAGGCGAUCACAUAUCGGGAAGUUUUGGAGAGCGGGUUAGCUCGAUCGAGGGAGCUGAGCGGCUCGGAUUCCAGCUGCCAGGACAUCACGGACAGCACUCAGUGCCCGACUCACAUUUACAAGGAUAUAGAGAGCGAGAACGAAAAGGUGAAAGAAUUGAAUUCGGCGAGAAGUUCGGAAGGUAUUUAUGAAUGUAAGGAGAAGAGGGAGGACGUGAAAUCGGAGGACGAGGACGGGCAGACCAAGUUGAAACAGAGACGGAGCCGGACCAACUUCACACUGGAACAGUUGAAUGAACUGGAGAGGCUCUUCGAUGAGACUCACUACCCGGACGCCUUCAUGAGGGAAGAGUUGAGUCAGAGACUAGGGUUGUCGGAAGCCAGGGUCCAGGUUUGGUUUCAGAAUAGGCGAGCCAAAUGUCGUAAGCAGGAGAAUCAAAUGCAUAAAGGGGUGAUAUUAGGAACCGGAGGCCAUUUAGACGCUUGUCGAGUUGCUCCGUACGUCAACAUGGGAGCAUUAAGGAUGCCCUUCCAACAGGUCCAGGCUCAGUUGCAGUUGGAUGGGGUAGCGCACGCCCACUCGCACCUUCACCACCACCUGGCAGCUCACGCCCCUUACCUGAUGUUCCCUCCGCCUCCCUUCGGCCUGCAGAUCGCCUCCAUCGCCGAGUCAGCCUCUGCCGCUGCUGCCGCCGCCGCCGCCGCCGCCGCCGUCAAGACCAGCAGCAAGAACUCGAGCAUCGCCGACCUGAGGCUCAAAGCCAGGAAGCACGCCGAGGCCCUGGGUCUUUGACAAUCAACGGAAGCGGGUCGCCACUAUCUCCACCACCCCCAGCAUCACCACCCCCAGUGUUCGACUGGUGGCCAGUGUCAGACUUGCCAAUUUCAGAAACUCCUCUGUCAGUAUCAACAGUUGCACUACAUGCUGCAAAUGCAAGAACCCAACAUGGGGAACAACAGUGGCAACUCCAUGCCCGGAUCUCAAGAGCACUUCUAAAAAAAAAACUCAAAAAUUCAAAAACUCAAAAAUCAGAAACAAAAAUCACUCCGUAUCACAAACAUCAAACACCCUUCCCUCGAGUCAGACACAACACGGGUGAGGGUGGACAGGGCGACUUGGAACGGACUGGUCUGGGUGAGAAAGACCACCCCUCAUUGCUGUUAGGGGGGUCUACACUGUCGGGAUGGGAGCGUUAAAACAAACUUUUGUUGCAAAUCCCUUAAAAUUGGGACAAGGCAGACUCGGCCAUUGGUACAAUCUGUGUGUGCACUCGCGUGCAUGUGUGCCUUUAUGCACAUUGGUAUGAACAUAGAUAGAUGGUCGCAAUUUAGACUGAGCGAAAUUGCUGACAUUUUCUUGCGAGUUGGGUUUGGGUGGAAAAUGGAGGGGAGGCGUUUUAGCCUGGUUGAACUCUUGAUAUUCGAACCAUUCAUUCAUUCAUCUCGCGUUCAUUCGAGUUUACCCGCGCUCAACGGUGACACAGAUGAGUGCGAAAUGAAAAAAAAAAACAAGACGUGAAACCGUGAAGAAGAACUCCGUCAAGAUGAUCUUGUCUGGGGCUGGUCUCCGCUUGAAACAA